GGUCAGGCGGCUCAGCGUUCGCGUGCGCCAUGGUGCAGCUCCGGCCUCGUCCGUCCCGCACGCCGGCGUCGGCCGAGGCCAUGGUGGACGAGGGCCAGCCGGCCUCGGAGGAGGAGGAGGCGGAGCACGGCCUGCUGCUCGGGCAGCCCAGCAGCGGCGCGGCCGCCGAGCCGCUGGAGGACGAGGAAGCCGACGAGGAGUCGGACGACGAGGCCCCGGAGGAGCUGACGUUCGCCAGCGCCCAGGCGGAGGCGAGAGAGGAGGAGCGGCGGGUGCGGGAGAGCGCGCGCAGGGACAAGGUGCUGCUGAAGGAGAAGAGGCGGCGGCGCGAGGAGCUCUUCGUCGAGCAGAAGAAGAGAAAGCUCCUUCCGGAUGCCGUCCUCCAACAGCUGGCCGCCGCUCCGCAGACCAGCAUAAAGAAAUCGCCAGGAAAGCUGAAAGAAGUUAAUUUGCAAAAGAAAAAAGAAGAAUGCGAAAAAGGAAGCGACUCCAAGAAAGUCAAAGUGCAGAAAGUGCAGUCUGUCGGGCACCAGAAUAAAAGCUACGUGGCCCUGAGGCUCAAAGACCAAGAACUGAGAGAUUCGAGGCAGCAAGCGGCCAGGGCCUUCAUACACGAAUCUUUAUAUGGCCCAGGAACCAACAGAACUAGUGUAAACAAGUUCCUGUCUCUCGACAACAAGCGCUUACCAGUGAAGAAGGCUGCCGCCCAGUUUUUGAACAGUGCGUGGGGAACCCAGAAAAAACAGAAUGCCAAGAGAUAUAAAAGACGAUGGAUGAUCAGAAAGAUGAAAACUCCUAAGAAGUAAAUUGAAGCCAAAUGAAGAAUCUGCGCUUCGCAAGUUAACCCUGUCCUCCCACUGACCCUAAUCCAGUUCUCACAACCUUCUACAACUGACAACUUGGAGGCCCUGAUAACCCAGAAAAACAAGAGGCCGUCUCCCUGCAAGCCCACGUGCUUCUCUCCUGGACUGGAGGACAGCCAUGGUCUAGCCAAUGGAAGAUUUAGGAAAAUGCUGCCCUGAUUCCUAGCCUAGAAAUGAGCAGCAGGAAUACACCUUUCAAUAAGGGGGCGGAGGGGCUAAGUCUUUGGUAGAGUAAAACUUUGAAUUCAAACACGAGGACCACCAAAGUCUAUCAUUGUGAAUGAGAAGAGACAGACAUUCAUGGCUACUACAAACAUGUAAAAACAUGCACACAAAAACUACUUUCCAAACACCGGAAGAUGCACCUCAACCUACUGUUUCUAUUACAUUUAGAUCAUGUAAUCUGGAGUUGAGAUAAAGGAGAACAGUUUUUAUGUGUGAAAGUACUUCUGUAUUAAAAUACAUAAAACAUUUCCCUUGUGAGUUCAUCAAUAGAAAUGCCAGCACAGAAUACUCACAGAAUCCAACAGGCUGUGCUGUUUGGCUUUACUUACCUAAUAUUGCACUGUUAAGAGCUGAGCACACAGGUUCUCUCUGAAUUGGGUCAAGCUGGUUUCCAACUGGGCUGUUCCAGGGGUCGGAAUACGCUAGUAAACUGAAGGCAUCCUGGUGGAAAUGUAACAAUUUGUCUUUCAGUUCAAACAGUUCAGCUGCUGUGCUCACAGGGCUCCAAGUGGAGACGAGCAAGAUCCCGCAGCUCUAAGGUAGAGGCCAGUGACGGGUGCUUUCUGUUCUGAACGGCAGGGUUACACAGCACAGCCUAACUGGUUUGCACUUUCCUUGUUAGCAGCCUUUCCCCUAACCAGCCUCCCCCCUUCAAACACUGAUAGAAAGACGGUGUACUGGUGAAGGCAGACGGGCAGUCCGGACAUUCAGACACUUCACCGUACAACUUCUUUCCACCCACAGAAUCUGACAUUAAAGGACAGGGUCUGGCUGUACCUUUUUAAAAAAUAGAUGGGGGAGCUGCACACAUGUCAUGAAUGUCAUCCUCUCAAGCUCAGUAUGUAAGAAAUAAAGCUGAACACUCAACACAGUA